AUAGAGAGCUGCAGUCAGAGCGAGCAGCAGCAACAGAGCUGUCUCCAGUGAAUCCCCUCUGUGCAGAAGUGGAUCAGGGUCCCCGCUCAUCUGGACCCACGCUAACACACAGGGGGACAGCCUCACCUCGUCGCAGAGGUUUCUAUCAGGAGUUUUAUCAACAUCGAUGAGUACUGGAUGAAAGAAUCUGCAGACGGAAUGGAUGCUCCACAGCUGUACGUCCUUCUCCUGCUGCUCUCUCUCCAAAAAGUGUCACCGCUGCAGAUGUGUGAUGUGGUACACCAGAUCGAGCUGGAGAAGGAGCGCUGUGAGAACAGCACCUACGGGAACCUCACUUCAGGUUGCCAGGGCAUGUGGGACAUCAUCGCAUGUUGGCCUUCAGCCCGGCUGGGAGAGGUGGUGACGAUAACCUGCCCCACUUACUUCAGUUACUUCAGUGAUGAACACAGAGGUAACCUCUCCAAAACCUGCACAGCAGACGGCUGGACAGAGAUGCAUCCUUUUGACAUCGCUGUGAACUGUGGGUAUAAUCUCAACGGCACGAGCGAUGAUGGCAAGUUUUUCUGGCAGGUGAAGGUCGGCUACACCAUCGGCCACAGUGUCUCCCUGGUGUCUCUCACCACAGCCAUCGUGAUCCUCUGCAUAUUCAGGAAGCUACACUGCACCAGGAACUACAUCCACAUGCAUCUCUUCGUGUCAUUCAUCCUGAAGGCCAUCGCCGUGUUCGUCAAGGAUGUUGUCCUGUACGAUGUCGGGGAGGUGGACAACUGCUCCUCAGGCUCUGUUGGCUGCAAAGUAGCCAUCGUGUUCUUCCAGUACUGUAUCAUGGCCAGUUUCUUCUGGCUAUUGGUGGAGGGUCUUUAUCUCCACGCUCUGUUGGCAGUCUCCUUCUUCUCUGAGAGGAAGUACUUCUGGGCCUACAUCUUGAUUGGCUGGGGAGGUCCAGCAGUCUUCAUCACAGCCUGGAGCAUUGCUAAAGCGUACUUUAACGAUGUGGGGUGCUGGGAUAUAAUCGAGAACACAGAUGUUUUCUGGUGGAUCAUAAAAACUCCUAUCUUGGCAUCGAUCCUGAUGAACUUCAUUCUGUUCAUCUGUAUCAUAAGAAUACUUCGCCAGAAAAUCAACUGCCCAGAUAUUGGAAGAAACGAGUCCAACCAGUACUCGAGACUGGCGAAAUCAACUCUGCUUUUGAUACCUCUGUUCGGCAUAAAUUUCAUCGUGUUUGCAUUCAUCCCGGAGCAGGUGAAGACUGAGCUCAGGCUGGUUUUUGAUUUGAUCCUGGGAUCAUUUCAGGGAUUUGUGGUAGCAGUCCUUUACUGUUUCCUCAACGGAGAGGUCCAAGGAGAGAUCAAGAGGAAGUGGCGGAGGUGGACCCUGCAGAGAUACAUGCGCUCAGACACCAAAUACCAACAUCCGUCCAUCGGCAGCAGCAACAACUUCAGCACCCAGAUCACCAUGUUGACCCGCUGCAGCCCCAAAACACGCCGCUGUUCAUCCUCGUGUAACGACGACCUGUCCAGCAUAUGAAAAGAUAUCACACACACACACACACACACACACACACACACACACACACACACACACACACACACACACAUACACAGUGUUUAGGAUAUAACUGCUGUCAUGCCAAACAGCAGGUAGAAGAGUGUGAUGUGAAGGAAAGAACGUUGUGAUGAUGAAGCAGACAAACAGCUUCUAACCUGCAUGCUUUUUGAAACUCAUACUUUGCUUCACACGUUCACAGCUUUUUAUACAUUUGCAUGAAAAAAAACAUGCUCGGAGUCUGAGGCAAAUCAUCAUGAUCAAUUGUUAUUAAGUUCCCUGUGUGUGUGCUCAGACACUGAGCGAUGGAAAUGUCACAUGUUGGAUUGAGGUGGGGGGAUACACAUGUGAAGUGCACCAACAGGCCCCACAGUCUGGUGAAAUGAUGGACUGAUGAAGAAUCACUCAUACCUCUUUUUGACCAACGUGAACUGGGUUGUAUUUCUGGGCUGGUGCUUGCACUGGUUCGGAGCAGGUUGAACUCACGAAUCAACACGGCACCCGUUUGUUUUUUCGCCCGCUCGAGCCCGUGGAAGAGUCACGUCAUCACAUCAGAUUUACGUGACUGCUUUUCCCAGCAGUGCUAGCACUAACUUCCCCUCACAACAACAACGACGGUGGACAACGGCAGCUUGUUUCCACGGCCGACCACUGCUUUGCCUUGGAAUCUACUAGUCUCCUUUAUUUUUUCACUGCAGGACAAUGGAGGAAACAUGUUUGGUUUGUGUUUUUGAUCGUGGCAAUCCCGCCCCUUGCCCCUGACGUAAGCAAUCCAAAGAGUUGGAGCCGCUCUGGAACCAGUUUUCCCGGGCGGGGGAGCUGGUUCACUAACAGUGGAAACACGAAAAGCCGGUUCUCAGUUAAGCACCGGCUCCGAACCGGCCCUGUAACUGCCCUGGAUCGAAAAAGGGGUAUUUGAGGAUUCCUGCAGCACCAGAUGAAUAAAACGAGUGCAGAAACACUGUAUUAAGGAGGAGAGCAGCUUUUAAAUGUAUGAGAAUGUGUGCAGCAACUUUCCAGAAACGAAAGGUACGGUGCAUCAAAGACAUUAAAAGUAGAAAACAGUGUGAAAGACUUCUAUUCCUCUCUCUGUAGGGAGAUUCUGAGACUUCAGACCAGCUGACCGGUCUGAUACUAACUCACAGUGACGGACUGGAGCGCUCAUGCCCUUUCCUUCAGGACCCCUCUCAUGAGAGACUCCCUUUAGUCCAGUUUCUCCUGUUUGGAGUGACUGUAACAGAGUUGAUGUUCGUGCUCGUGCAGUGUUUCGCUCUGUAAGCUUGUGAGUGGCUUGUGGUUUCACUUUAAGUGGCAGUGGAGGCUUGCUCUGGAGCCGCAGAGAGGAAAUGCCUUUAAGCAAUCCAGUCUCCGAAUGUUUACAUUCACAUUGAAGGAGUCAUUGUACAGUCAUAUACACAGUGUAAAUAAAAUGAAUUAGCAUUGAUUGUUCUGUCACAGCACUUGUAUUGUGGCUGAUAUAUCAGUAAUGCGUCUCUGUGAUUGUUGUUUGUUGAUGUUAUUGCAACAUGUGGGAUUUAGAGGUUUGCCAGGAACGUUCGAUUUUCUUGUACGAGCUUAUUUAUGUAGCAAUCUGUGACUAAAUGUUAACAGUUCAAUAAAACCUCCUCCAUUACACUCCAGGCGAGCUGAGGAGCUUCGUUCUUGGUGCUUUGGGAGUCGGACUGGAGCUUGAGCUGCUGUAUCUUUGCUGAAGUCUUCAUUGAAUUGUCAGGUUUAAUCUUUCACAGCGGAGGAGUUUGAAGGUGACAAGCCAGCAGAGACUUUUGGGGAGCCGAUAUGAAAUGCAGAGCAAGGUGACAGGGAUGACUGGCCCUGUCACAACGAUGCUAUCAUCAUGCUGUUUCUGCAAACAAGUUCAGACGUGAAAGUCAACUGCAUGUGUGUCAAGGAGGAAGCCUCCAGAGUGUCCAGCUUUACCUGGAGAGGAAAAACCCACAGCUGAUUCUGAGUCUGACAACCUUUAGGGUUAGCUUAGAGUAAAAACAGAAAAAGCUAAGGUCAACAUUAAAAAGCCUUUAUUAUGGGAGAUUAUGUUGGUGACUGAACAUGGUGAAAAAUAAACGUAGUCACUAUCCAGCGAAGAUUUCGGUUGGAGCCUGCUGGCACUCCGUUAGCUUAGCUUAAACUGUAAUGAACUGUGGAGUUUGGAGGCAAAGAGGAAUCCAGCUCGUCUGUAAAUGUACGUGUUACUUAUGAACUUCAGUUUUUGUAGAGAAACCUGGAAAAAGAUUUCAUUUCUUAUUCACUUCUGGAAAACUGUUUCAAGCUGCUCUGCUAAGCUAACCAGCUACUAGCUGUGUGUUGAACAUUUAGCUUUGGGAGUUAAACUCCCUCACUGAGUCUUUAUUUCCAAUCUGUCUGUCUUCUGUUGUCAGUAAUAUUUAAUGAUGUGAACCUGCCAUUAUACCUCUGUGGAAUGUAAAUAGAUUUAUACAAACUUAAGAAACAUGUAAAGACUUUUCUAAGACCACACAUGUAUGGUUGGAUGUUACGUGAUUUUGUUUUGGUGACCUGGCACAAUUGUGUCAAUGAGACUAUAUCAAAUGAAUAUGUAUGUGCAAGAUUUCAGUAUUACAGUACAUGUAUUAGAGAUUGUGUUUUUGCAAACUGGAUAUUGUGUUGUGUUCAUUAAAGAUGUGAGAGCUGA